UAGUCUCCAAUGCUGAAAUACAUCCGGGUUAAACACCCGCUCGCAGAGUAUAAACAUUGAUGUUAAACGACUGUUAAUAACAACUUUUUCAGUGUUUCCUCACUUUGAAACGGCUGUAGUCGCUAAAAUGUACUUAGCAACUAAAUAAUUUAGCAAGAUGAAUGUUUAAAGUCGCUUUUGGGAGAGAAACUCGAAAUUAUGGAUACAGGAGGCUCAAAGAGAAUGAAACCCAGGGAGCUCCCGCCUCUUCCUCAGGUGAGUCCUUCAACUCCAGGUGUUGUUCCCUUACAGCUCAAUGUUAAGAUACGUCUCUUUAUUACAACCACCACCAAACGUAACUUCUGCAUGUAUUAUUGUAUUAAACUGUAAAAACAAGCUCCCUGGACGUAGAGAACAAACUAGUGUAACACUGCAGUUGUUCAGUUCUAAUUUCAUCACAUUACUCGAUCGCACGCUUUUCCCUGAUUUACAUUAACAAACUUGAUCAACACAUUUUAGAAAGACGUUAGUGAUCAACAACAUCCUGUAACGGCAACAAAUACACGUCACUCAAAGUAUUUGGAUACUCAGCGUGAACAUUUGUGUUAAAAUUAGUGUAAAGGAUGUUCAGACCUCUGGUGUUUGAUUUAAAUCACGUCUUACCCAGUGGAACUAACCUGAAAUUCACUUAUAUGUAUAGAACUGUAGAAAUAGUCACCUAGUGCAGACCUUCCUGGACAUAACACACACACACACACACACACACACACACAGUUGAUAAAGGUUUGCGUGGCGUGACCUCUGUCCUGAGUAAUCCCCCGUCCUGGCGGAUGAAUGGACACGGAUUUAGCUGAGGAUUUAACAGGAAGUGUUGUGUCGCUGCUCUUCAAUCUCGCUGCAUCUGAGGUUGAGAUGGCCAGAAGGAUGUCGGUGAGUUCUCAUCUGACAUUUACUCGCACCACGUUUGGGUUCCUCUUUAAAAGUGACUUUUCCUUUGCGUCCGGGCUCCUUUUGUCAGAGGGACGGCGGUUUGUUUGUUGGUGUGUUUGUGCUUUGUUUGAUUGGAGCUUCUCAAUCCAAUUUACCAGCUGCUAAGCGUCGGGCUUCCUAAGGUCGCUGGUUGUAGAGGUCCGAUUUGUUGUCUCCAUCGUGCGGGGACAACGAUCACUUCCCACAAUGCCGAGUCAAGACACGGCUGGAGAAGCACCAGCACUAAAAGCAAAGAAGAAGAGAGUCAGAAAGGAAAACAAUGGAGGCGAUCAUUGGAGCGAUCAUGGGACGGAGAUGGGAGGCCUCGGCAGCCGGAGAGAAUCGGAGGUCGUGGAGCAGCUGACCUUUGAACCCACAGCGGACGCGCCGACUCAGCGGAGGAAGAAGAAGAAGAAAGCAGCCACCGUUGAUCUGGACGGUGACCAGGCCGACCUGGUGAACGGCGACGCAGCGGAUCAGACCGCUGAUGGAGAAGAAGUGGUUAAGAAAAGCCGAAAGAAAAAGAAGACCAAAUUUGUCGAGUCGCCACUUCCCGAUGAGUUCGACGUGGAGGAGGACGACAUCCUCGCCGACGCGGCGCCUCCGGUCUCCCAGCAUCCCCUGUUCUCGGCCCCCGUGGGUCAGAGCCAGCCGGUGGGGAAAGUCUUUGUCGAGAGGAACAAGCGCUUCCAGGCCACCGAGCGCUUCCAGGCCGCCGAGCGCCCCGACCGGAGGAAGACCAGCGACCAGAUGGACGCCGCCACCACCGCCACCCUCCACGUGGAGGCGCUCUGGAGCACCAGGGACGUGUCUCUCCGAGUGCACGAAGGCUUCAGGGUGCUCGGCCUGUAUUGCCACGGCUUCCUGGCGGGCUGCGCCAUGUGGAACGUGGCGGUGGUGUACGUUCUAGCCGGACGCCACCUCACCGCUCUGUCCAACCUGCUGGAGCAGUACCACAGCCUGGCUUACCCCGCCCAGUCGCUGCUCUACAUGCUGCUCGCCAUCAGCACGGUGGCCGCCUUUGACAGAGUGAACCUGGCCAAAAGCUCGAUGGCGCUCAGUGAGUUCAUCACACUGAACCCGGUGGCUCUGGCCUCUUUCUUGUAUUUCUCAGCGUUGGUCCUCUCCCUGAGCCAGCAGAUGACCAGCGAUCGCAUCAACCUGUACCCGAGCCUCAACACCACCUUAUGGCCACCGGGGCUGGAGCAUCAGAUUCUGCACCCGUGGGUGACGGUGAACCUGGUGGUGGCUGUGCUGGUGGGACUGGCCUGGAUCUUCAUCGCCGCCCGACCAGAAACGGACUACACCCACAAGUAUCUGGAGACCAUGGCGAUCGAACUUCCCAAACCAGAGGACAAAUCCGAGAUGAGCGCCUGAGGAAUAAAUGCUCUACCAAUACUUUUUACACUGCAAUUCUAAAUGUGAUGUAGAUUCAUUUUGUAUUUUUUAAAUGUGCUUGUCUCUUUAUAAAUAUUUAUCCUACAAA